CUCUCCUGCCCCCUCCUCUCGCCCAGGCGAGGGGGGUCAGUGCGUAAUAGAAACCAGGCUCCUGAGGAAAGCGAGAUUUCUUCUCCGCCGUCGCCCCCACAGUCCGCCUCCCCUCGGAGUUCUUGGCCAGCUGUUUUCCUCCUGCUCGGGGGAGCGGAGCGGGUGAGCUUUGUGCUGCCCUCUGCCGAUCAGCGCCCCGCAUGAGGCGAGCUCGCUUUCCCUUUCCCUUGCCCAGCCUACGCUCCGGAGAAGCGGGCGGUGCAGAUUCCCGAGACAGAUUUUAAUGUAUAUUCAGCUGAUUUACCCAACCAUUCUUUUGAACUGACACUUCUCUACUAUGACCUUUGCUUACUGGUGAACUUUCGUAAGAUGAGAAGAAGUGACUGCCUCCAGAAAGUCAUUGAUGAAGCUUUACUUGGGAGAGAGCAUAAAAGCAAAGGAGGAUAUUAUUUAUUAUUCUAGGAAUAGUAAGCAGUACCUGAACUGUCAGCCAAAGUCAUUGGAAAUGCAAAGAUUAAAGGCUAACCCUAAGUCCCAGCAACAUUUCAGGUCACAGAAGGACUUCUGUUUCUUACGAUUUGAUUUUGCUCUGGAAGAACCUUGAAAUAUAGAUAGAAAAUAAAAGGAAAAGUAGGAAUUCAUGGUUUCCUUUGCUAUUGCUUCCUCUGAGAGCUAUUCUUCUCUUUCUGUUGAAAUUAAUUUCUCCAUUUACCAGAAAGAACUACAGUUAAUUCUUUUGCACAAUCCUAUCAGAAGCCUCUGGCGUUGAAAGGGACAAGAAGACCUGAGCAUUUUGCUGGAAAAUAGGUUGCAAAAUGGCAAUGAGUAUGGAAUACUUGACUUCGUGGAUCUGCUUACUAAAUGUUUUUCUAAUGGUUUGGAAUCAUGACAUGACUGAAGGAGCCCAAGUAAUAUUGGACAGUCCAUUCAUCUCAGUCUGGAAUGCACCAACUCAAAUAUGCCAGGACAGAUAUGGAAUAUCCCUUGACUUGAGAAUUUUUGAUCUAAUUGUCAACCAGAAUGACUCAUUUAUGGGGAAAGACAUUACUCUUUUCUACAGUAACAAAUUUGGAUAUUAUCCAUAUUACACUAAGGAUGGAGUUCCCAUCUAUGGUGGUCUCCCUCAAAAUGCUAGUCUAAAAGAUAAUCUCCAGAAGAUUGAACAAGACAUUAAGAAUACCAUUUUGGAUGUUAGCUUCAGAGGUCUGGCAGUUGUGGACUGGGAACACUGGCGUCCCUUAUGGAUUCGGAACUGGGAUUCUCUGAAAAUUUAUCAAAAUAAAUCCAUAGAGUUAGUUAAGGAGCAGCACCCUGAUUGGCCUGCUGACAAGGUGAUUAAAGAAGCCCAGUUAGCAUUUCAGCAAUCUGCUCGAGCAUUCAUGGAGCAGACAUUGGCCUAUAGUGAAACCCUGAGACCUAAGGGAUUCUGGGGCUUUUAUGGCUUCCCUGACUGCUAUAACAACGAUUACCACCAUGUCAAUUAUACUGGAGAAUGCCCAGAGAUUGAGAAACAGAGGAAUAACAAGUUGCAGUGGCUCUGGAAGCAAAGCUGGGCUCUUUAUCCCAGCAUUUAUCUCCCCGAAGAACUUAGACUGACUUCCAAAACUCUUGAAUUUGCCCGUCAUCGAAUCCAGGAGGCAUUCAGGGUUUUGAACUGGACACAGAAUGACAUCCCUGUCUUACCUUAUACUACCAUUAUAUAUGAGUUUACUCAAAACUUCAUCACGCAGGAGGACCUGGUCCAUACUAUUGGUGAGAGUGCUUCUCAAGGUGCUGCUGGAGUUAUCAUAUGGGGUAGUACAAAUUUAAGUCAUUCUUGGGAAACCUGCCUUCAAGUGAAGGAGUAUGUGGACACGCUCCUUGGCCCAUACAUUAUGAAUGUGACCAGUAGCACUAAGCUGUGUAGUGAAAUACUCUGCUCAAACAAUGGCCGCUGUGUGCGGGGAGAGAACUACCCCAACGCCUUCCUGCAUCUCAGUUCUGCCAGCUUUACUAUUAAGAAGCAUAAUGUGGACCCAGGCUUUAUUCUGAUUGGCCAGAUGUCGAUGGAAGAUCAAGUCAAGAUGGCCCAAGAAUUCACAUGUCAGUGUUACAAUGGCUGGACGGGAUUGCAAUGUGAGAAGAAGUCAAUCUAGAAUGAGUUAUUCAGCCCAGAGUUUCAUGAUAUAUAAUACAUGUCAACAAGAAAAGCUCAACCUGCAGAAUUAGUCUACAUAAAAUUAAUAUAUAUUCAUAUAUAUUGUACGUUAGAUCGAUGCUUUGCCAGAUGAUAGGCCACAUUCCCUUCCCCCAAGCUGGUUCAGAAGUCUGGGAGCUGCAGUCCGUCCUAUAUGAAGGGCACAGGUGGGUGAAAGUUGGGCUUCAUCUUUUUGCAAUGACACUAAAAGGCAUUGGCCAACCAGUCUGAUUUUCCCUUUCUGGAGGGUGCAAGCAGAAAUCCUUCUAGCAAUGGUCUUAGUGGUUAUCUGCAUCUUUGCCUGGGUACAUAAUACAGUUCUGCCUUGCAGCAUAAAAAAAGCCAGCAUGCUUUUUCUUUUGAUCAUGAUAUGAAUACCUACAAUAAGCAUGCUUUUCUUACAAAUGUAUUGUGUUUGCUUUCAUUUCCGUCUGAAGAGGUUAUCAGGUCAGUUACAUCUUUGUGUUGCCAUGUGCUGAUGCACACACAACUUUGUGUUCCCAUGUGCUGAUGCAUACUCAGGAUGGAAGACGCACUUCAUUUCCUUGUGAGACCUACAGUCUAUUCUCACGAGGUAUGACGAGAGUUUUGAAGGAAGAGAGCACUGUAACCCAUUGAUUGCCUCUAAAAUAAGUGCAAAUGCUCCUGCAUACUGUUGUUGCACUGGUGCUUUUCUAGGUUGACAAAUGGCUAUUUUUAUGUGUAAACUUUGUGAUUCAAGCAAAAGGCCUAAUCUGUUACCAGAUUUCUGUAAUUUAGCUGCAUACGCGUAUGUCUAGUGAGGCCAUGUCCAGUUAAAGUAGAUAUCCUGUCUCAAUUUUCAGUGCAUUACAUUGUUUGGCUACAGCUUGGACGCUGACUUUGGGAAGAGGGGGCCAUGGCAAUACCUGGGAUGUUAUUGUGGGAGUGCGCUGAUGCAGCAAAGGAAGUCAUUUACUGAAUAAACCACAAAAUGCUAUUGUGCUAAAUUAUUAAAUUAAUAAUUAAAAAGCAAUUAAAUGA